AUGUCCCGUUCUCGUAGUUCUCUUACCAAGGUUUACGUGGGCGAUUUGCCCCGAGAGGCAUCAGAAAAAGAGAUCGGUCGUGUUUUCGACCGUUAUGGAGCUGUCCGAAGUGUAUGGGUAGCAAGAAACCCACCGGGCUUUGCUUUUGUUGAGUUCGAGGAUCCUGCUGACGCCGAG